CCACGCACUGUCCUCUGUCUCUCCCCAUCUAUCUUUUCUCUCAAUUAUCAGCCCCCCUCCUCUGUUCUUUCUCUCUCGCCAUUCUCCUCUCUCUUCACCCUGCUAUAGCCAACGCUACCGCCAGCGCUAUAGCCCACCACCACCCGGACUUUAAGAAGCAGUAUCCAUAUUUAUGUGGAUGGUCUUACCCGUAAGAAUGGAUUCAAAGAACGCGAUGAUCCAGGUUCAAAGUUGACAUGAAUUGCCAUAAAUUGUAAGAAAUAAAAUAAAAGCUCCCGAAGAAAAUCAAGAUCUUUGUUCUACGGUUAUAGUACAGGGAUUCAGAGAAGACAUGGCCAUCGAAUGUCUUGUCCUAGGUGCAGGGCAAGAAGUCGGGAAGAGUUGUGUGGUGGUGACAAUCAAUGGGAAGAAAAUCAUGUUCGAUUGCGGCAUGCAUAUGGGCUAUCUCGAUCACCGGCGAUAUCCCAAUUUCUCUCUCAUCUCGAAAUCUGGGGACUUUGAUAAGGAACUCACUUGCAUCAUCAUCACCCAUUUUCAUCUGGAUCAUAUUGGAGCUCUUCCAUAUUUCACCGAAGUUUGUGGAUAUAAAGGACCAAUUUACAUGACGUAUCCAACAAAAGCUUUAGCUCCUUUGAUGUUGGAGGAUUAUCGGAAAGUGAUGGUUGACAGAAGGGGAGAAGAAGAACAAUUCAGUUCUGAGAAUAUUGUGGAAUGUAUGAAGAAAGAUUCAUCACAUCCUGAGAAACCAAAUCUUUUCAAGCUUUUUCUCAAACGUCUUGUGAGCAAGCCAAAAAAGGUGGAAAUUGAAUAA